AUGCUGAAACGGAAAAUUAGCCCUGUUGGAGAAGGAGAAGCCAUGAGUCCACCUAAGAAAAGUUACACUCUGGACAUGGUAUCAAAUAAAUCUCCUGAAGCUUCUGCUGAGGCAAAGGGAGAAGGUGCUAUUGUCAGCCAGAAGACCCAGGCAGAGAUGAUGGAGGGUGAUCCUAAAGUCUGUGCCCAAAAUUGUGCUCCAAAACAGUGUAAGCCUAUGGCAGGAGAUACCAUUCUCCCCAGUCCACGAGAUUCUUUGCCUGAAGACUCUCUUCAUUGCAAGGAUGGUGACAGCACUGUUACAGUGGCAAGUGUUAGCAAUGACUGCUCCGCAGGCACUGCCAGUGUUCCAGCACUGUCUUCAUCAGAAGCUCAGCGCUAUGUGUCCUCACUGAAACCAACUGUAACCAAUUACGAAAUAAAGUGUGCCCUGAUGACAGAAAUCCGACGCUUUGGACGACCAUUCUUAUAUUCUCUUCAGAAUCUGGAGGCUUUUCAGAUCCUGGAAGAAGUGCAAGGACCUCUGGAAGUCAGUAUACAGUUUGUUGAGUUCUCCAUCAAGGAGGCGGCAAGGUUUAAAAGACGUCAUUUAAUACAGUAUCUCGAGAAGAUGCUGGAAAAAUUAAAGUCAGAAAGGUCUCUCAACAGCGCUGAGUGAUGUACACCUGAGAGCGUGAUCCUGCCAUUACAGUGGUCAGCAAGAUUCAGCAAAGAGCUCAGAGUGAUUACAAUGUAGAGGAAGGAUGCUGAGACCUCCUACCAUGUGUUAGCUAAGAUAAUUACCCCUGAGACAAGUGUCUUAAACUACUCAAUAAAUGUCAGGGUUU